AUGGAGAGCCCACAAGAGCACCAGUCUGAACCACAGACUGCAAUUCCUACGAGAUCUCGACUCUUUACGUUACCAGCCGAGAUGCGUUUGCAAAUAUUUGGCUACUGCGUUCCCCAUAAUUGCGCCAUCAAAGUGACAAACGCAAUGUAUCGGCCCUACGAAGUGGAACCUCUAGUUUCAACCCGUAACCCGUCUCGCAGGUUCUCCAAUACCAGACCUCGCUGGACGAACAUUUUACAAGUUUCCAAAGAAAUGAGCGAUCAGUGCCUGGACAUCCUUUAUGGCGACAACUUAUUCGAAGUCUACCUGAACAGAGGAGGUGAAGCUACACUCAGGAAAACAUUCGGCAAAGAGAAUCUCCAGCGAAUUCGAUAUAUUAUUGCCAUCGCCCCCGGCCCAUGUUUUACUGGAGAACUGAACCCACCGGACAUUCCUUUUUGGACCAUGAUGAUCCCCAAUCUGAACCGGUUUGAAUGGGUAACCCAGCCAGAACAGAAAGCUGAAGAGAACAGGAGUGAUAUCAUGGUCAAGCGAGGGUUGGAGGGCUGGAUGGAAUGGCAGGAUGCCUACUUGGAUUGCUUUGGGGAAUUUCUGGUGCCCAAGGUGCAGUUCAGAAUGAGACUUGAUAAUGGAGAGAGUGAAUACAGGCAACUCGGCAAUCGUGUUUUCCGGCGAGGACCUUUCUUCAAUACGGAUGGACAGCAGAUAUGA